UCAACAUGGCGGCCCCCCAGGAUGACAUGUUUUCUCUCUGCGUGGAACCCGGCAAAGUUAGCAAUAUUGUAGAAGUCCGAUUUAUUGACAAUGUAAAGGGAAAGGGAUUGUUUGCAAAGAGAGACAUCCGCAAAGGGGACACUUUAUUCAUUGAACGACCACUCAUCUCAUCCCAGUUCCUGUGGAAUUCCUUAUACAAAUACAAAGCGUGUGAGUACUGUCUGAAGGCUCUGGAGACGGCUGAGGAGAACGCCAGGAGGCUCAGCGGGCUGCCGGGCCUCAGCCUGCCCCACCCGGAGCUGUGCCGGGUGCGGCCCGAGCUGCACCAAAUCUGCCCGCAGUGCCAGGUGAAGUACUGCAGUGCAGAGUGCAAACAGGCGGCUCAGGAGCAGUACCACAAGGUCCUGUGUCUCGGGCCCUCCCAGGACGACCCAGACCACCCUAUCAACAAGCUGCAGGACGCAUGGAGGAGCACCCACUAUCCCCCGGAGACCUCCAGCAUCAUGCUGAUGGCCAAGAUGGUGGCUGUGGUCAAACAGGCACCAGAGAAGGGCCGCUGGCAACGACUCUUCUCCCAGUUCUGCAGCCGGUCAGCCAACGAGGAAGAGGAGAUCGCCCACAAGCUCCUUGGAGAGGAAUUUCAGGGACAGCUUACCCUUCUGCGGAGCCUGUUCACGGCGGCACUUUACGACGACCACCUGAACAGGUGGUUUACUCCUGAGGGCUUCCGCUCUCUCUUCUCCCUUGUGGGGACCAACGGACAAGGCAUCGGGACCAGUUCGCUCAGCCAGUGGGUUCAUGCCUGUGAUGCACUUCAGCUUCCUGGCCACCAGAGGGAGCAGCUGGAUGCCUUUAUCGACCAGUUAUACAAGGACAUAGAGAAAGAGACGGGCGACUUUCUGAACUGCGAGGGCUCCGGUCUCUUCCUGCUUCAAAGCUCAUGCAACCACAGCUGUAUCCCAAACUCGGAAGUUACUUUCCCCGACAACAACUUCCUCCUUCACCUCAAUGCCUUGAGUGACAUCAGGGCAGGAGAGGAGAUCUGCAUCAGCUACCUGGACUGUUGCCAGAGGGACCGCAGUCGCCAUAGCCGCCACAAGACACUGAGGGAGAACUACUUGUUCGUCUGUGCGUGUGCCAAGUGCGUGUCGCAGGCGGACGAGCCGGACGUAACCUCGGACGAGGAGGAGGAGGGGGAGCCCGAGGGUGAUACAGAGGACGAGAUGACGGACGUUUGACCUGUCGAGACCUCACCAACACCACCACUAUCCCCCCUAAUAUAUACACACUGACACAGACACGUAGACAUCACGGUUCCUGGUACCAGCCCUCACAUGGGCAAAUUGAAAAGACCAAUACGCCUCUCGACCCCAAAAAUACACACGGAUGAACCCUCACACUCUCAACUUUC